AUGUCAUCCCAGACAGUGAAUACCGUUGUCGACGACGCUGCAUUUGCUAUUUCCUCUCGUCUUCUGUCCUGCCUAGUAACUGAAUCUUUGCUGCGUGCAUUUUAUGUUCCUUUUGGUCGUGGAGAUCGCGCCACUGGGAUACUCGUUAUUCUGGCCACCACCUCAUUGUCAGAACAACCUGUCAUCAACCGAGCUCUUCAGUCGCGUGACAUUUUUGCCAUCGUUCCCCUUCGCAACACGCCGGUUCUCUUCAAUGUCGAGGGGGAUAAACAUGGUCGAUCUGUCCGCCUUGUCGAUCCCCUUGAUAUGUUUCCCGAAAUUUAUGAGCUUUCCCAGAACUCGAACAGUAGCAGAAAUGACGAUCUCUCCAGGAUGGUGAAGGAAAUUUUAACGCCUCCUCACUGGGAUCUUGGCCCAGUGGAACUGGCUAAAAUGGAUCAUCCAUCGCAUCUCUGGAGAAAGUUCGUAAAGGACAUGGUUGUCCAGGAUGCCUCCAUUGAAGCAGAGAUCCUAAGCUCCUUCCACUGGCAGUUGGCGUCAUUCAAAAAUCCACCCGCCUGUCCAACCCUGUCGUCUGCAGCUAUCGAUUGGGAACAAAGCCUGGUAGCCGGGCAUCCAACCCACCCAAUGCACCGGGCUAGAAUGAUUCCAUUGAGUCUCUCCGACUACGACUGGUACAACCCAGUUAUACGCUUCGCUCGUGUCCCUCGUUCGCGCUUGGAUAUUGAAGGACCAUUCGAUGUCAUGAGCCGGGCUCUAGCCCAGAAAGCGGCCCAACGGGCAGGGAAAAUGUUAAGCAUCGAUGACACAAGCGUUGUUGUUCCUAUCCACGAAGUUCAAAUUACGAACAUCAUUGCGAAAUUUCAGGGUGUCGAUAUUUUACCCCCGGAUAUCAGCAUCCGGGCUCGUGGACAGGCCAGCAUCAGAACCGUUGUGAUGUCGGAAUUACCUGGAAUGGCGCUUAAAUUAUCAGUCGGAGUCAAGAUCUCUUCCUCUUUGCGGACGAUAUCUCAUUUUACGGCCAACUUUGGUCCCAGAUUCUCAUCAGAGAUCGUUCCCAAGCUGGUAGUCGAUCAUGAAAUUCUUUCUGUCGAACGAGAGCCCGCCAGCGCUGUAUACGGCGGCGUGGACCCAGAAAUUGCUAAGCAUUUCACAGCAAUUUUCAGGGAAACAUAUCGACCUGCACAUGGUGAAUGUAUAAUAGUCUGCGCAGCUUUGCUUGAGGUAGGCCACAAGGGCGUUUCUGCGGGUGUUUCUGCCGUGGAACACCUAUUCCACCUCGAUACUUUCGAAAAACGGGUUAAAUUCUUGGAAAGAUACAUAUGCCUUGCCUGCAAGGCAUUGCUCCCCCCGCUGAUCCACAAUGGCGUGGCAUUUGAAGCCCAUGCGCAGAACGUCCUCGCACGGUUCGACAUCGAGUCCGGGAAUUUGCUUGGUUUCGUCGUUCGUGACCUUGGGGGCCUGCGAAUUCAUCCGGGUACAUUGGCCAAAUCUACUGGCAUCGAUUUCGAUUUUUUACCGGGUCAUUGUGUUGUUACCAGCACCAUGGAAGAGGCCUACCCUAAAUUCUACCACACCCUCAUUCACAACCACUUGCAGCGGCUGAUCCGGCUCCUCGGGAUGCAUUACAAUGGCUGUGGAUGGGAAAUCCUUAGACGUCACUUGAACGCAAUUAUCCCGGCCGACCAUGAGCUGCGUAGGGUCUGGAUGGAUCCUGGGAGCGAGACCGUUUCUGGAAAAUGUUUGAUGAGGAUGCGGCUGCAAGGACUGUACCGAGAUAUGGUGUUCAGUCCUUUCCCGAACAUGAUUCUUUACCGCCCUUCAAACCUUGGGAUGGAUUGCGAGAUGCCUGGCGAAGAAAAUUGA